AUGUUACGCUUGUGGUCAGGACGGCCACUUCGCCAAGCGAAGGCACGCAACGACGCGUAUCUUGCCAAACGCGUGGCCACGAAGGACCAGCCUGCGGAAACGGAGGCCCGGCGUAUGCCGUACGGACGGGACGAAAGGACUGGCAACGCACCACGACCAUCAACGGCGACGGCUGUGGUAGAUGACGUCAAGAACGGCAGAGUGAUGAACAAAACGACGACGAAAGAUGGCGACGAAGAACGACAAGAGGGGGAAGCUCGAGUGGCCAUGAUGGCAGCUGGAGACGAACUGGAGAAUGCGAACGUGCCGAGCGGUAUGUGA